UUCUAGCGCUUCAGUUUUCACUCGGUUCAGCCUCAAAAUCUCAAUUCCAAUGGUAGGCGGCUUCGAAGUUGGUGCCGUCCCUUUCAAUCCCGACGGUUGGGGUCCGCCGGACGCCACCGUUACCCCCACGACCACCUCCACACUCCCUCUCAACGUCCCCUUCGCUCCCUUCUCUCGCUCUGAAAAGCUCGGCCGAAUCGCUGAUUUCACUCGCAAUCUUAACCAAGGCCAAGGCGGAGCUGGUGGGCGAAAAAACGCUGCAUCCGACUCCGUCUUCGACUUCACUGCCGACGAUUCCUUCCCCUCCGCCGCUGACAACGACUCCUCCUUCCGUCUCGUUGACGGGAAGCCUCCUCCGCGGCCGAAGUUUGGACCUAAGUGGCGGUUCAACCAGCACAACCGCCCUCAGCUACCGCAACGUCGCGAUGAGGAAGUGGAGGCGAAGAAGCGCGAGGCGGAGAAAGAGAGGGCUCGUAGGGACCGGCAUUAUAAUCAAAACCGGUCCAAUCAGAAUCAGCCACGUAGGGAAGCGGCAGUGUUUAAGAGUUCUGUGGAGAUCCAACCUGAAUGGAAUAUGCUUGAUCAGAUUCCGUUUAGUACAUUUACGAAACUCUCUUUCUCGGUCCCGGAACCAGAGGAUUUGAUUUUAUGUGGCGGGCUAGAGUUUUAUGAUAAGAGUUUUGAUAGAAUCACACCGAAAGCAGAGCGGAGAUUGGAAAGGUUUAAGAAUAGGAAUUUCUUUAAGGUAACUACCACUGAUGAUCCUGUUAUUAGAAGAUUAGCUAAUGAAGACAAAGCUACCGUUUUUGCUACUGAUAAUAUUUUAGCUACGUUGAUGUGCGCAACCCGCUCUGUUUAUUCUUGGGAUAUUGUGGUUCAAAGGGUGGGAAAUAAGUUGUUUUUUGAUAAAAGAGAUGGAUCUCAGCUUGAUUUGUUGUCAGUUCACGAGACAUCACAGGAGCCUUUACCAGAGGCUAAGGAUGAUAUAAACUCGGCAUAUUCAUUGAGUGUUGAGGCUGCUUAUAUUAAUCAGAACUUUUCGCAGCAAGUUUUGUUUAGGGAUGGGAAUAAGGUUGCAUUUGAUGAGCCUAACCCGUUUGCCAAUGAAGGGGAGGAGGUUGCAUCCGUGGCUUAUAAGUAUAGGAGGUGGAAAUUGGAUGAUGAUAUGCAUCUUGUUGCUAGGUGUGAAGUGCAGAGUGUUGUUGAGGUUAAUAAGCAAAGGUCGUUCUUGACAUUGAAUGCGCUUAAUGAGUUUGAUCCCAAGUAUUCUGGUGUUGAUUGGAGACAGAAGUUGGAGACUCAAAGGGGUGCUGUUUUGGCUACUGAAUUGAAGAACAAUGCGAAUAAAUUGGCUAAAUGGACUGCUCAAGCUUUGUUGGCUAGUGCUGAUAUGAUGAAGUUAGGGUAUGUUUCUAGGGUCCAUCCAAGGGAUCAUUUCAAUCAUGUGAUUUUGGCUGUUGUUGGAUAUAAGCCUAAGGACUUUGCUUCUCAGAUUAAUUUGAAUACGUCCAACAUGUGGGGUAUUGUCAAGAGUAUUGUUGACUUGUGCAUGAAAUUGAAUGAGGGUAAGUAUGUGCUGGUGAAAGACCCGUCUAAGCCACAAGUGAGGAUUUAUGAGGUUCCUGCUGAUGCGUUUGAGAAUGAUUAUGUGGAGGAGCCUUUGCCCGAGGAGGAACAAGCCCAGCCUCCUGAGGAGAAUGCUGAGAAUGCCGAGGCAAAUGGGGUUACCAAUGAUGUGGAAGAUAAAGAGAUUGAUGUUCAAGCUUGAAGAUCGAUCUUGGUUUUGCUGUGAACAGAAGUCCCAGGUCACAAAUGGCAUUUGCAAUUUGAGCAUCCCUCCAGGAUUGUGGUCCAGGGAGCCCUCUGUUUUAUUUUUAUUUAUUUUUGGUUCUCGUCAACUUGCGCUCUGCUGUUGCAAUUUGAUCACAAAAUUUGAAGCAUCAGGUGCUUGCCUUUUUUUUAGAUUUUGCUGUACCGAAUCUGUAGUGGUGCUGGAGUUUUCUACUUUUCUUCGCCUGGAAACAAGAUUAUAUAUUAUUUGGGAACUUGUAUGAUCCGCAUGCUGGAAAAUGAAGGCAUAAAACAUUCGUCU